UAAUUUAGGUCAGCGUGGAUUUUCAAGGGUUUUAGGUUAUAGCAGCUUCACAUUCUCAGUCUCAGUCUCAGUCUCAGUCUCUACACACACCUCAGAAGAACAGAACAGAACCACCACAUAACAGUGCUUUUCAAAGGCGGUUUGAGCAAUGGCGUUCUUAAAUAAAAUUGGGAAUCUGCUCAAGAAUUCUGCUGUCAAGCACAUCAAUCAGGAUUUUUCGGCGUCUACCCCUUCACUUUUCCAAGCAAUUAGAUCCAUGUCAUCUGCAAAGCUUUUCGUCGGAGGUAUUUCUUACAGCACUGAUGAUAUGAGUUUGCGAGAGUCUUUUGCUCGCUAUGGAGAAGUAAUUGAUGUCAAGGUUAUUAUGGAUCGUGAAACUGGCAGGUCAAGAGGUUUUGGCUUUGUAACUUUUGCAACAAGUGAGGAUGCAUCUUCUGCCAUUCAGGGCAUGGAUGGCCAGGAUCUUCAUGGUCGGAGGAUACGGGUGAAUUAUGCUACAGAAAGGUCACGUCCAGGGUUUGGUGGUGAUGGUGGAUAUGGCAGUGGUGGUGGUGGUGGCUACAAUGGGGGUGGAAACUAUGGAAGUGGAGGUGGAUAUGGCGGUGGUAGUGGCUAUAAUAGGGGUGGAAACUAUGGAAGUGGCGGUUAUAAUGUUACUAGCAGCUAUAGUGGUGGCAAUGCUGAAACUAGUUACACUGGUGGUGGUAAUGCUAGUAAUUACCAAUUCAAUGAAAACUCUGGUGGAGAUUUUGGCUCAGCUAGCGGUGAAUUCAGCAGCAACCAAAAUGACACAGCAGGUGCAGACAAUGAUGAAUUCAUUGAGCCACUUGAAGACAAUGUGAGGGAGAACAAUGAUGGACCUACCGACUACGCUCAGAACCGCUGAUGAGAAUUUUCACCUUGCCUAGAGCAAGUAACACCUGGAGUUUAUGAUAAACAAAUGUGUUUCCAAUUUCUUUUUCCACCCUCUUGAUUUUCAUAUGUUCAUUGGCUUGAACUUGAUAGUUUGUCUGCUCAACGACUGAUGUAAAAUAAGAUUUUUCUAGGAGUUGAACUCCAUUUAUAAUGAUUUUAGUUUUCAACCAUUCAACACCUGGAA